AUGUCUCUGCGAAGUGUUCUUUUUCUAACAAGAACUGCGUGUAGUAGAAUUGCAGAUUUACAUACAACAAAAAUUACAAAACAGAAAUUAUGGCUACUUACCGCAAAUACUCCUAGAUUUUAUUCAACUGACAAAAUAGGAAAAAAAGAUGAAAAACCUGAAAAGGUAGAUAUCCUAGGAAGAUUCUUUCCGCAGAGUGCAGAAGACACACAGGCAAUCAAAAAAGAACAGGAAAAUUUUGAGAAGGAGAACAAAGAGAAAACAGAAGAAAAUGAAAAGAGUUGGAGGAGAAUGAAGAUGGGAUUUGCAGUAUUUGGUGGUGCAAUGACUAUGCUGGGUGGGUGCCUCGUCAUUGAAAUGGGUGCACCCCGGCGCGGCGAUGACGGCGAGCUUAUUAAGGACGAGUUCUCACAUAUGCCCAUUGUACUCCAAUACCUCAGGCGCACUUGGAAAGAACUCACAUUCUAUGAAAAGAUGAUAAAAGAGCCAUCACGCGAGAAGCUACUCCCCGACGCGCUGCCGCCGCCGUACCAGCCCACCUACACACUUGUGCUCGAGUUCACCGAUGUACUGGUUCACCCUGAUUGGUCCUAUCAGACUGGAUGGAGGUUUAAAAAACGUCCAGGAGUAGACCAAUUCUUACAGACAGUGGCGAAUUCAAAUUAUGAAGUAGUAAUAUUCACUACGGAAAAUGCGUUCAUGAUAUGGCCCGUACUGGAUAAGUUAGACCCGGAAAACAAGUUCAUCACCUAUCGACUGUUCAGAGACUCUACACACUUCAUAGAUGGCAUCCAUGUGAAAAACCUUGAGGGACUUAACCGGGAUCUAUCUAAGGUGAUUGUAAUCGAUUGGAACAAAGCAGCUACAAAAUCCCAUCCACAGAACGCCCUGAUACUUAAAAAAUGGAAGGGAGCAGACGACGACACCGCAUUAUUGGAUCUUGCCAACUUGCUACAAACGAUAGCAAUGUCAGACGUAAUAGACGUUCGCGAAGUUCUCACUUACUACAGCCAGUUCGACGACCCCAUAGCUGCCUUCCGCGAAAACCAGCGCAAACUGAUGGAGCAACUUGAGGAGAAAGAGCGGGACGGUGGCAAGGGACCAGACCAGCCUCUCACCAGGAACUGGCUACGGACUUUCACACGACGUUAG